AUGAAUGCCUAUGAGAACUCCAUGAUUUAUAAGAUGAGAACCAAGGCAGCCCACGACAAACUGAUUCGCCUUAACUUCAAGUUGAGGUUGUUUCCCGGGAAGCUGAGGUCAAAGUGGGCGGGACCAUUCAAGAUUCACGAAGUUCUACCCUAUGGAUCCCUCACUGCUCAAUCAAGAGGGGAAGGAAUUCACAGAGCAGGUUUUAGGAAGAAGAGGCCAACUCGAGGCACAACUCGAUCGAGCCAAGAGCAAGCUCGAUCGAGCGAGGUGAACCCAGUCGAGUGGAGUGUCCUGAUGGCCGUCUCCCUCUCCAGACCACGACCUUGCCUCCCAGUUCUUUGGGGGGCACUGAGGCUAAGUUUGGGGGUGCCAACUCGAGCUCGAUCGAGUUGGGUGUCAAAAACCAGAAAAGUGCUUCCGCCUCUCCAUCAGUUGGUAUCAGAGACAAAACGGUCCUAUAUAAUGGCACCGAAAAAGAAUCUGCAACAACAAAGUGAUGAGCAAGCUAUAGCCUUGCGAGAAAUUCUGGCGAGGUUUGAACAAGAUCUAUGCGACAAGUUACGACUGUCCAUGGAACCUGUUCUACAACUACUCCAACAAUCACAUGUUUUACCUCCACGAGAUGAAGUAUUUUUCGAUGAUGAAGGCGAUGUUCAUGAUGACACUAAUUCGAUAUCCGACGCUUGUGAUGGUUAUAUAAUUUGCGAUGAGGAAAAUCCAAUCUUCGAUGUCUAUGAUGAAACAAUUCCGAUCGUUGGCGUUGGUGAUGGUGCAAUUCUGAUUUGCGAUGACGGCAAUGAUGCAAAUCUAGUUUUUGAUGUCAUGACUGAUAAAGAUUCGGCCAAUAACAUCUAUAUUGAUGUAGAUCAUGAUGAGAUUCAAGCUUGUAAUGCCGAGAGUUAUAAAGCCCCCUAUGCUGAUCCAGUUGUGGUUUUCUACGGUAAAAAAUUUGAGCCAUCUGAUUGUGAUCGAGUUCUUCCACAAGAUAUAAUACCAAGCAAGGAUUUCUUCACUGUUGAAACUUUGUCUUCAAAUAAGAGGCCGACGGAUUUCUGUGUUCGAGUUAGCAUAAUAAUAAUGCUACUAUCAUGUGAGCGUGUGCAGAAGUAUGAUAGGAUCGGUAUUUUCAAACGAAUUUUUCAAGCUACAUUUGAAGCGGUGAUUAAAGAGACUUGUGACGGAAGAAAAGCAUGUCAACAUUUUGGAUUCGUUUCUACCGUAUAUCUUGACGUGCGGUGUUUCCAAUAUUCUAAGUGGGCUAGUGUGCUAUUUUACGUGGGGUUUCCAGUGCGCAUUGGUGAAUUGCAGCUGGUGAGAAUACACGGUAAGACUUGUUUGGUCUCUUUUGCUCAAUGUCUGGUGUCUAGCUUCGGCGAUCAUGUGGUCUACAUACUCGCUUACGGAGAGCGAUCUCCUUUGGUGUGGCCACCGUGGGUUCUCAUGACGUUGGUGUUUGUUAUCCACACACGCAAAAUCAGGCAUGUGUUAUUCUUCUCUACCGUGUCGUCUCAAUUUGGAUUGAAACUUGGAGCUUUUAAGGGACGUCUAGAAGCUGAGUAUGACCAAUGGCCUGCAACAUGUUUUCUUGAGGAGUUACAAUUCGAGAAGCUGUUUAAGUCUCAGAAGAAAGAGCAUUUCGAUCUUGCUUACAUGGACAUUUUUAAUGUUAUGAAUCACUUGCAGCAAGAGAUAUGUUUUGACCUCACCUCAAAAUCAGCAAUAGAAACCCAAAGUUUUUAUUUUCUUAAUGUUCUCUAUGGGCUGGUGGUGUUCUGUUCUGCUUCUCCUUUUGAUCUGGUUGUUGCUAUAUCUAUUGAAGAGCCCAUCUGUGAUGUUUACAAUGGGAGACUAUCGGUCUGGAGAUGUGCUUAUUCUGCAUACAAGCUUGGGAAGACUCAAGUCUCUGUUCAAGAAUUGCUUAGCGUUUCAGAGAUUAUCAACAACAUUAACGAUGGUGGAAUCAAUGCAAUUUCUUUCUUGGUCAACGAAGCAAAAGUCCACACAGAAAAACAAGAGAAGCUCUUACCUUCUUGGCUCCAGUUUCGCGAUAAGGACAAGGGAGAGUUAGUAGGACUAAGGAGGCAGUGGCAUCAGAUGAGUGAAGGUCUACACCAAGAGAAUAUUAAAAGUGAGGCUCGCCAAUUGCGUCUGAGGAGCAACAACUACUCUCAUGGCAUGCUUUAUGCAUCACAGAGCACAUCUUCGGGUUCACUAUCUUGGAGUGGUUCAUUUAGCUUUAAGCCAAGUCGGCGUGAGAUAAACUCCAGUGCCAAAUUUAGCCAUGAGAAUUUUUUACUCUUGGAGUUUCUUUGGAUGGAAAUUGAUAUGAGAAGCAGUGGGUCGUUCAAUGACACUGUCGGUGGCAACGGAUCUGUGCAGAUCAUUUAUUGGAGGUUUUCUUUGUCUUUGACAAAUUCCGUAACAGACCAUGUCUACUUGGAGGAGAUGCGUAUCACAGAACAGAGCGGAGCACGUUUUACUACAUGGGAUGUACUCAUGCGUCUGAUUUUUAAGCGUGUUGUGACUGCCGCAAUUGCUGUCUUUGACAAAGUUAUCAUUUGCGAUGCUUUGAUUGAGGACUCGGUAUCUCACCAAGACCAAGAUUUUGGUUACUUACACCAAGGUCUUUUCUUGGACAGAGAAGAGUGCCAGCUCGGUGUCCUUCGAGGCGUCACAUUUUGUUGGAGGCACGUUACUUGCGUAUUAAGCAAGCUUGAUAUUCUUUUAGCGUCACACAAAGAAGAGUUUAUCAGAUUGAGGAGACAAUGGGAUCAGUUUUGUGAAAGUCUACAUCGAAAGAAGAUUAUUGGUUUGCAUGCCAUAAUGGAUUUAUUUGAUAACGAUGCUACUUGUGUCUGUUUGUUCUAUGACUUGAAGUCUCAACACCACCAUAUCUCCGAUAACGUACAACGUAAGCUUUCUUUUCCGGAUAUGGAGGACCGCACGUUCAGUGUCAUUUGGAGUGUGGUAUUCCAUGGUUUGAUCUCUUAUGUUAGCCUUUUCAUGGAUUUGAACGACGUGGAGCAUGAGGGUGUAACACUACUCGUUUUGCCAUUUUUGUCUUGGCGCUUGGUGACUAUUUUUGUUUCUUUUCUGACUUUUGAUCUCACUGGCAAGGAGGCGUUUAAGUUCUUCUGGGCACCGUGGGCUCCCACUGCUGACGUGUUUCGUCUCGUUCCGUUCACCACCGAUUCGGUGCAGACUUUCCCGACCUUGUCCAUUACGUGCAGUCGUGAAGUUUCUAAGCGGCGAAAACGAAAUGUCUGUUGCCCACAUUUGAGUUCCAAGUUCACAUCUGCCACAGCUAUUUCUUGGAGUCACAUUACUUGCGCGUCAAGCAAACGGUUGUUUGUUGUUUUGGUUUGGACAAGUGUGAUUCAACUCGGUUGCAACGGCGUCUCUGUGAGAACAGUUUCAGUUUGUCACCAAAGUCUUUUGGAGCAUUUGGAGCAUAUGGGACGUGAGGAGCAAGGAAGGACUUGGUGCAUGGACGCAGCUCAACUGGACACGCAAAGGAAGAAGGAGGAAGCCAUCUUGAAGACCAGCUCGACCACCUACUCGACCGGCCAAGCUUCAACUCGAUCGAGCUGA